AUGAUUAUCCCGAUCACGGCAAUUCUUGGACUGGCCUCCCUAGUACCAGCCAUUCCUGUAGAGGGAGAUGGCCCCUCCUCGCUGCCAGAAAAGAAUGCCGUAACUCGCGAGCUGGAUGCCCGUAUGGGGGAGAUAUCCACCGCUCUAGACCUUCGAAGCGAAAGCCCUGAGACGCGCGCCUUGAUGGAGCUGGAUACUCGAACUCCAUCUAACUGUCGCGCAUUGUCGAAUCCCAGGUUUUCUGACUCGAGAUAUACAGUAUUCCAUGUUAUGGCAGUCCUGUCUGGAGUCGCUGCACAAGGCUUCUGUGCCGUAACCAACUCCGGCGCGGGUUGUGCGGAGCUUGGCCUGGGCAUCACGGCUGUUUUAGAAAUUCUCAUUUACGGCGGCUCGGUCUACAACGGCGAUGUUGAACAUGGCAUUGCGCAUGUUUCAGGAAUGCUGGGUCUGAAUGGCGGGAUGUCGAAUCCCACUGUCGACGGCAUGAGCAACGACGCCUCAUCUAGGCUUGCCGGAUUGCUUGAAGAGGGCCGCGCCCACAGUGAAAAGCGAAGUCUACCUGACAUUGAACACCUGAACAUGGCCCGAACCAUUGAAGGGUCCCGUCUUGAAUAUGAUGGGGUCGAGCUCGUGGACGUUUCCUCCCUGAACCACCAGAAGCGCAGCGUUGACUCGCCUGAUCUCACGCAUCGCAUGAUGGUCCGCGGUGCCAAGCUGAACAAUCACGCGCAUGAUCUUGCGUUUGACCAGUACAGCAAUGGCCACUCGGCUAUCUCCUUCAAAUUCAAUGAGACUAUGUUUGGCGGAGAGUCAGAGCUGAACAAGCGUGAUGUAUCUAGUGUUGGAUUAAAGGUGACGUUUUCCUAUCCUGGAAAGGUGCCGGACGAUGAAGCCUUGAGGAAAGACCUUGCCCACGGAUUCGGAAAGCAUUGGGGGGAAACUGCCUUCAGUCAGACUGGCUGGAGUGACUACCUCGGUGGCCUUCAAGAUACGGAUGGAAACCAACUUGUGAAGUUCCGUCUUGGACUGUCAGAUGGGGAGCCCAGCUCUGACGCCGCGGAUCUCGAUGACUGUUAA